GGUUGUUUUCAUUGGUGAUUGUUGUCGAACACUUCGUUCUCUCUCUUUGGACCCGUAAUGUCUUUUAUUAGAGGCUAAUCAACUUCAUUCACGCCGUUAAUAAUCCAGUAUGUCCGGAAGUGCAGAUCCACCACCACGCCCGCCACCCCCUACUGCGGGUGCUAUCACUCAUUAUAACAUCGAGCUACAGUGGGCAGAUGCCCUCGAGAGAGUGAACGAGAUGAUGAGCACCAGGAAAGGCGACAACCGCACCAAGGUUGUGCUCCAACAGGAAGACAAGCGUGGCAAUUGGGAUCUGGUCUACAGUGGAUAUUCAAAGCGGACAGUGGUAGAUGGCCUUGAACCCCUCUCAAAAUAUCGCUUCCGACUUCAAUUCAAAACUGCCGGUGGUUCCAGUGAUUGGAGCGCCCCCUGCUCUGUUGCCACACGCAAGGAGCCUUUAACCACAGAACAUCUCCAUAGAGCAGUAAACAGAGCUGAUCUUAUGGAAAUAGAAAAAGUCAUAGCAUCUGGGGAUGUCAAUAUAGAGACGCCUGAUAAAUAUGGUUUCACCGCACUCAUGCAAGCAUCACAGAAGGGACACAAAAGUGUGUGUGAGCUCCUCAUCUCAAAAGGAGCCUAUGUCGAUGAACCAAAUGAGUCUUACAAAACUGCCUUGAUGCUUGCCGCGUAUUCUGGUCGAAUGGAGAUCGUUGAGUUACUACGGGAACACAGCGCCAAGUAUGAUACCCGCGAUAAAGGUGGGUCAGCACCACUUCAUUACGCUGUGGAUGGGAGCAAACUCGAUGUCAUAAGGUGGAUGAUGGAAGAUGGCGCUGAUGUCAAUAUCACAGACAACACCUCUGGAUGGACGCCAUUAAUGCGAGUUGCGGCAGUGACUGGUAAUCGUGACGUGGCUAAGUUACUGAUCAACAAGGGAGCGACCGUCGACCACAAAGACAAGGAUGGCAAGACUGCGCUGAUGGUGGCCGUGGUCAAUGGUCAUCAGCCUCUCGUGGAGCUCUUGCUCGACCACAAAGCAGAUAUCUAUGUGCAGAAUGAGUAUGGGAAGAAUGCCUUUGAUAUGGCACAUUCAUUAGAAAGACAGAGAAUCGUGAAAACCUUGGAAGAUUACCAGGAGAGAUUGACUGACAAAUCAUAUCAACACCAGCUUGACAAGGAAAAGAAGAAACACGCUAAGAAUGGAGAGCUGGUUGAAACUCCUCAACAAACCAAAGAGGUGGUCACGGAGUAAACUCUAACAGGCAGUCAAGCUCAAGUGGUCGUCCCUAAUGGAGUAAUCAUACAUAAUGAUGUCAUGAGUCAAUUAUUCAAGAUGUUUAUUAUGAGACAGAAAAGACUGGAGGCUGCCCUUCACAUUCAUGACAUGCUCAUACAAUGAAUUGUAAUUAGCUUUUGGUUGACAAUACUUCUUUGUAUAGCUCGGACCCUUCCGUAUGCUGAUAUUCACUGUCAUAGUCCAUAGCAUAUGAUCAUAAUGGCAAUUGUUGUCUGCUUCUACAUUUAGGUAGUAUACUGUUUACAUAAAUUGUAGGACAGAUGUCAGCUAUCCAAAGACAAUACCGGUUAUAUGGUAGAUUAAACCAGCAUCACAAUUUGUGCUAUGUUUAUUUGCUGAAAACCUUUAUUUUUUUAUCCUAUAAUGUCCUAUAAUAUUGUGCACCUAUUCAAUAGACUUGUGUGGUCAUCUGAUCAACCUCGGUCACUAAGUACUGGGGUGGGAACAAGGAGCUCUGUAGGUCUGUUCACUGUGUGUUCCUGUGACCAAGGUUGUUCAAAAGAUCAGGUACACAAAGCAAAACAUGAAAUGUAUGGUACUUGUGCUUAAUAGUUUGUGAUUGGAAUCUGAAUCAUUUCAUAUCAGCAUGGACACAAUGUAAUGCACCAUUUUCAAGGAAACUUUAUUUUUCAAUCGUAAGCGAUAACUUCUACUUCUAUGCACAUAAUCAUUAGCUCAAUAUAAACAUUCCGUCCAAUCCUUGCAAUAAUGCUCCAGAUGUAGUUUGACCUUGUGUCAUUGUUACCAUGACAGCAACUCCACCAACCCUGUGAUAUGCGUAUUUGUCUCUCCAAGGAUUGCUUCUGCGGCAUAUCUUAUCAGUAACUAAUUAUUCAUGUACACUUGCUCUUCAACGUACAACUCCUAUUUUUUGAUACAGUGCAGGUAUUCACAAAAUUCGAUGUCAUUGUCAUUUUUCAGAAUCAGUAGUACUAACAUCUCAGAUCUCGUAAAUGCUUACUGCCUUUUUCCAUGAAUUUCGUUUCGGUCUGUACAGACACAAUUGAAAAUUCUUUCGAAUUAAAAUUCGAGUGUUAAAUCUUUAAACAAAUGGCAUAGGCCUUUGAUAACCAGAACUGCAAUAAUAGGAUUUGUCAAUUGAUGGAAUCGAUCAGCUUUGGCUGCAACAAGUAGAUACUAGUCCAUUCUAAUACUGCUAAAGCGCUACCUAGCUGGACACCCUCUUUAUUAAGGACACUGGUUUCAGUCCAAAAUUGGUAUGGUAGUUUCUAUAGUAUUCAAUGUAACUUUUCUAAUCAGGCAACCUCUGUAUUAAGGACAGCACUUGUCAGUCCUAAUGGUGUCCUUGAUAGAGAGGUUCUACUGUACCAUGAAAUAACCAUGCCAUCCUAUUGUAGAGAUGUUUUGUGGAAAUAAAAUGUUGUUUAUAUAGUUU